AACAUUCCCACAAGUUGAAUCCUACUCCCCCGUUAGACUCGACCUUAAAACGGGGGAGUAUUUUUGAAGGGUCUUAUACUCACGAGUCGCGUGCAUACGCCCUGAACUUCUGGUUUAUACUUUAUAGACGCGCUUGACUUUUGGUUUACAGAAACAGAGCAGUCGUCCUCGUCCCUCAGCCUCUCUUAACUGUGAAAAUCUGAAUCCUUUCCUUCGGUUAUUGUUGGGUGCGAUCUGAUCGCUGAAAGUGGAAACGGUAUCUUUGGUGAUCUAAGAUAAAGACGAUGAUUGAUGACCAGGAUCUCGGGUUCUUUGCCAACUUUCUUGGCAUUUUUAUAUUUGUUCUGGUGAUUGCUUACCAUUAUGUGGUGGCUGACCCAAAAUAUGCAACCAACUAAGACAUGUUUUGUAACGUGUCUACUUAGAGACUGAUAUGUGGAGUCAACUGUUUUUAUGAGAACUUAAGUGAUAUACAUGUUUAGUCAAUUUUGGUAAUAGAACCCAUUUACUUAUGGAUAUAUAUGGUUAAUGUAGUAGUUAAUUAUGGGUGGGACUGCUGCUUUCAUAUAUGGUUCAUUGGUUCCAAUUGUUAAAUGGUUAAAUGACGCAUGUAAUGCUGAAAGUUAUUAAAUAGGAGUAAUAUUGAUGGCAAUCCAAGAGAAGACCCUAAUACUGGUGCUCUGAUUCUUCUUUUGUGGUGACUGCUGCUGUUAGAAUUCUUUUGGGGCUGAAGGUUGAAUUGCUGUUAUAAUCUCUUUUGUGUUAGAUUUUUUUUUUUUUUUUUGUGGUUUGCAAAAAGUUCAAAAGAGCCAGUUAUUCUUGACUACACACUGCGGGUUAAGCCAUAUAGUGCCUCUUCCUGUAAUUUCCUUUCGGGGUCUAAAACACAUUCUAGGUGGCGGAUUUGUUUACUGUUGCUUUUCCAGGUCUUCUUUGACGGAAGCAGAACUUAAAAGGCUUAGUUUUCUCCAACAUAGGUCCAUAGAGAGAGGUGCUCGAUUCUGAACAACCUAAUAUAUCUAUGAUUCACUCAUGCAUUCGGAGUUGUACUUCAAAAUUUGAUUUUCUCCCGCCAGAUUCCCAGAGGUCAUGCUUUCUUCACUGUCUAUAACCUCUCCUUCUCUCCCCCUUGGCGCAGCUUCUAAUUAUCAGAACCCUACGACCACCUUCUCAAAAUCCAACCAACUGCAAACCACUUUCCAUCUUCUUCAGCAAUGCAACAACCUUGCAGAACUCAAACAACUUCAUACCUGUGUCAUUAAAACCGGUUUCUCUCAAGACCACCAAGCCCAAAACCGGCUGCUCUCUGCUUGUCUGGGAAACCGCUGUUCUGAAUCAGUAGAUUACGCUCUCCUCCUCUUCGCACAAUCAUCAAACCCGACCGUGUUCAUACGUAACAACAUUAUUAAACACUUGGCUGAAACUAAUACUCCUGAAAAAGCAUUUCGUUUCUAUUCCUUCACACAUCGAGAUGGUUUCCCUCCAAAUAAUUACACCUUUCCGUUAUUAUUUAAAGUCUGUUCUCGGCUUCAUGGGAUCGAAGAAGGUGAACAGAUUCAUGCCCAUGUUAUUAAAACUGGGUUUGAAUCAGAUAUUCAUGUUAAGAAUGCUUUGAUUCAUUUCUACUGCACCUGUGGUGUCGUUGAUGAUGCGAGGGCUGUGUUUGAUAAAAUGUCCGAAAGAGAUACUGUGACUUGGAAUUCGAUAAUUGCUGGUUAUACACAAAAUGGGUUUUCAGGGGAAGCUCUGAAUUUGUUUAGGGAUAUGCAGGUUCAUGGAUCAGAACCUGAUGAGAUAACAAUGGUUAGUGUUCUCUCUGCAUGUGCUCAUGCUGGUGCGCUUGAAUUAGGGAAGUGGGUUCAUGCAUAUCUUGAGAAAAACAAUUUAGACGGUAAAAUUAGUGUAAAAACAGCUCUUGUAGAUAUGUACUCUAAAUGUGGGUUAAUAGAGAGAGCAUUGGAAGUCUUUGAGGAGAUACCUAAUAGGAAUGUUGUCUGUUGGACAGCCAUGAUCAAUGGCUUAGCCAUUAAUGGCCUGGGGAAGAAAGCUGUUAGUCUGUUUCAUCUUAUGGUGAAGUCAAAGGUUAAGCCCGAUGAAAUUACCCUUGUUUCAGUCUUCUCUGCUUGCAGUCACAGUGGUCUGUUAGAAGAAGGUAAAAAGCUUUUUGCUGAUCUGAGAAAACGAUACAAGAUCAAAGCUCAGGUGGAGCACUAUGGGUGCAUGGUUGACCUUCUGGGUCGACAUGGGCAUGUGGGUGAAGCUUAUGAUUUGAUCAUGAAGAUGCCUUUUGCACCAAAUGCCGUUAUAUGGAGAACCCUCUUGGGAGCUUGUAAUUUAUAUAAAAGGGUGGAUUUGGGAGAGUUGGUUUUAAAGAAGAUCCCUGAACUGGAACCUCAUUACCAUGGAGAUUUUGUGCUUCUAUCGAAUAUUUAUGCAGCAAAUGGAAAAUGGGAGGAAGCAGUAAAUAUAAGGAAGAUGAUGAAGAAAAAUAAAAUAUCAAAGAUACCAGGGUGCAGUACCAUCGAAAUUGAAAACAGAACCUAUUCAUUUGUUGUGGAAGAUAAGUCUCAUCGGCAUUCAAAAGAGAUAUACAGGAUGUUGGAUCAAAUUGCCGAAAAAAUAAAACUGGCAGGCUAUGUUCCUGAUACUUCAAAAGUAUUAAUCAACAUGGAGGAGGAAGAGGAUAAAGCAAAUUCACUACUUCAUCACAGUGAGAAGGUUGCAGUAGCUUUUGGACUUAUUAAGACUGCCCCAGGAAUGCCACUACGGGUAAUGAAAAAUCUUCGUGUCUGUGAUGAUUGUCAUUGUGCCAUGAAGCUUAUCUCAAAGAUCCAUGAACGAGAUAUCAUUCUAAGAGAUCGCAAUCGGUUCCAUCAUUUUAAGGGCGGCCUUUGUUCUUGUGGAGAUUAUUGGUAAGUGUACUGCUUUAUGAAGUUUUUAUGCUUAAAAAGCGACCGAUGUCGAAAUGGAAUAUAAGGCUCUAAUCAGCCAGUAAGCUUCACUAGACUGAACAAAGAAGGGCCAAGUGUAAAACGGGCGGCACAGGCUAGUUUAAAUCCUGAACGAGACAGGUAUAACUCGAAUCGUCACUCCAACAGCAAGCCCCAUAUCGGUUCUAUCCAUAGCAGAGGUGCCAGAAAAGAGUACGUAAACAAAUUUACCAUAGAAGAGGUAAGUUUCACUAUUCUUUUAGAAUACCUUAAUUGCUUUCUAAUUGAAUAAUUAACAACUUUUUUGUGCGCUUAAGUUUGGUCCCGAUGCGCUUAAUUAGUGGGUGAUAUCAAAUUUCAUUUGCUUCGUUAGUGCACAUAUGUUACCUCUUUCAUUAGUUCUCCUUGUUGUUAUCAUCAUUAUCAUUACUUACCGUGGACCAAAUCGUUAUCAUUAUUUAUUUUUUGUAAUCUCAA